GGGGGAAAAAAAAUUUCGAUUGCAACACGAUACAGAACCACGUGGCUGCCUGGUCGAUCGAUCGAUCCCAUAUGGACCUUAAUCCAGAGAUGUCAGAAUCCCCAUCGGAGAGCCGUAGUGGUCCAGACCGGGAUCCCGCAGAGGUGGCAGAACGCUCCGAAUCCAAGAUGAACGGGGAGUCGAACGGGGUGGCAGCCGGCGCCCAGAAGACCGUUGCCGGGGUUAACGCCAAAGAUCCCUCACGACCACGGAGGAAAAAGGCGCGGCGGGCUUGUUUCGCAUGUCAGCGCGCCCAUCUGACGUGUGGUGACGAGAGACCGUGUCAACGAUGCAUCAAGCGUGGCUUGCAGGAUGCGUGCCAUGAUGGCGUCCGCAAGAAGGCCAAAUACCUCCACGACGCGCCCGACGGAGCGUUGAUGGCCGGUGUUGGCGGUAAUUUCUACAGUAACCCCAUACGCAGCAACAGCAGCAACGGCAGUCUCCCCAUGUCUCGCAAUGGCACCAAUGCUGUGAACCCCGCCGUCACACAGCAGACUUCCGGUGCUGCCUUCUACGCGGGUCCGCAGUCGGCAUCGUACAGUAUCUACCAGGAUAGCCCUAUCGGCCAGAGUCCCUUCACCACCACGCAGUCGCCCGUCUCGCCAAGCUUUGCUCUGAAGACCAGCACGACCCCGCAGAAUCCCGCCCUGCCGGCCUCGAUGGGCCAGCAGCCGCCGAGCGUCCCCGUGUCGGGGGCAGCGGCCACGCCGCAGAACCCCUUUGCCGGCCCGUUUUUCGACCCCAGCGAUCCGGCCUUGUUCAAUUUUGAUCUGUCGAGCAUGAACUUUGAGAAUCGCUAUGGCGCCUUGGAGUUUGGGAUGCUGGGCCACAUGGCGACGGGGGCGGGGGACUCCCCCAGUGACUCGGCAACGCAACGGGGGUCGAUGGGCCGGAGUGGUUCGGCUCAGUUCUCCUCAACCACUCCCGCGGCGACCUUUGGCGAAAGCCCGCACACGCAACCACAACAGCCGUUCAUGUUUGGCGAUCCGUUGCUCAACGAAUGGUCGAGCGGACAACCCGGCUCGCAUGUGACCGUGGGUGGUGGCGUGUACCCUACCGCCGGCCAGAAUAACAAUAACAACCUGCUCACCGGGCACAUGUCUAAGCCGGACGCGCCCCAUGCUUUUGCCAUCGAGAGUGGACCGACAAAUUUCACGAGCCCGGACACCACGGCCAGUUCGCAGGUGCAGUCCGGAUUCGAGGAUACCGCCUUCACCCCGCCGAUCAGCAACAAAUCGAACGGGCUGACUACGAACGGACAACGGCAGCAGCAGCAACAACAACCACAACACCAACACCAACAACAGCGGCCGGUGAUCUCGACGCCGAAUCUCAAACACCAGACAUUACAGGUGACCGGGACCAAGCGACGCCACCGCAACCCGUCGGCGAUUUACGAGAGCGUGCGGGAGCCGUACGCGUAUACGAGCGGGUUUCACAGCCUGACGGCGUUCAUCCAGCGGCGAUUCUCGCCACAGAAGACGCUACAGAUCGCCAAGGCGCUGGCGUCGAUUCGGCCAUCCUUCAUUGCGACCACCAAGACGCUCAAUCGGGACGACCUGAUCUUCAUGGAAAAGUGUUUCCAGCGCACGCUGUGGGAGUAUGAGGAUUUCAUCAACGCCUGCGGUACACCGACGAUUGUCUGCCGCCGGACGGGCGAGAUCGCUGCCGUGGGCAAGGAGUUCAGCAUUUUGACCGGCUGGAAAAAGGACGUCCUGCUGGGCAAGGAAUCCAACAUGAAUGUCAAUACGGGUGGCAGUGCUGCAUCCCGCGGCAGUUUCACACCCCGCAGUACCGCAACACAAGACAGCAGCAGCGGCGCUGCUCCGCCAGGGUCUUCUUCGUCUCGACCACAGCCGGUUUUCUUGGCCGAACUGCUUGACGACGAGAGCGUGGUCGAGUUCUACGAGGAUUUUGCGCGACUGGCAUUCGGGGACUCGCGCGGCAGCGUGAUGAAUACGUGCAAGCUGCUCAAGUACAAGACCAAGGAGGACAUGGAGGUGGCCCAGUCCAUGGACGAGGCCACCAAUGGGGCCAGCCAGCAGCAGAAAUGGAAUGCCCAUCUGCGCAAGGGCGGCAUUGCGGGCGAGGCUGGCAUGAACCAGCUGGGCUUCAAGGACGGUAAAGUCGAGUGCGCUUACUGCUGGACGGUCAAGAGAGAUGUGUUCGAUAUCCCGAUGUUAAUUGUGAUGAAUUUUCUACCCUGUAUUUGAUGCC